GCUAUCACAGAUUUAGAAAUCUUAAAUGCAGUGCUCCAGAUUUUCACUGAUUAUCUCAUUAUCAGUGUUUUUGGUUGGAAAGCCUUUGCAUAUCUAUUAGGCGGGUUUUUCAUUGGAUCGAGUAUUCAUCCACUUGCUAGUCAUUAUAUUUCUGAUCACUAUGUUUUCAACCCUGGACAAGAAACAUACAGUUAUUAUGGACCGAUAAACUUAGUAACAUUCAACGUUGGUUACCAUAUCGAACAUCAUGAUUUUCCAUAUGUAUGUGGCAGUAACCUUCCAAAGAUUAGAUCCAUAGCUCUGGAAUAUUACAAAGAUUACAUGGUGCAUUCAAGUUGGAUUUACAUGAUGUACGAUUUCAUCACAAAUCCAAAAAUGUCAUUACAUUGUCGAACAAAGCGAAAGACGGCGAAACCAACAGAUAUACAUUUCUUCGACAUCGGACCAAACAGUUCCUGUUUCAUCUAUAAGUUCUUCACAUCUGUAAGCUGGUUUUUAUUAAAAUAUGGUUAUAUAUAG